CCUCCCCCCGGCUUGUUUCCUUAUCGUCAUCGCUGAUGUCGCCGUGUUACACUCGCUAGGUACCAUCACCGGCCGACUGCACUUCCACAACUGCCACAACAAACUACAGCAAUAUGGUGUACUUCCGAGAGGACUAUACCGUGUAAAAUGUGGAAUAAGCAGCGGCAAUCAAAACAGUGAAGGACCACCUGUGCCGCGGGGGAAAUGCAGGACGAAAGCGGCAAAGCAGCAGCCGGGAGCCCCGCAGUAGUCAGUGCAACCACAGCGCAGAAUUCAGUUCAUUUGAACGGUCAUACUGUCACUCAAAAUGGCCACAACCCGACAGCUACACCUGCACCGCAGCCAGAGUUUGAAUCCCAAUCCCAGAGUCCUGCACCUGCUCCGACCACGAUCGUCCCGAGGGAACAGUGGGGAGGGAAGUACGAGUUCCUGCUCUCCUGUAUUGGAUACUGCGUGGGACUGGGGAAUGUGUGGCGGUUCCCGUACCUUUGUUAUCGAAAUGGAGGAGGUGUGUUUCUCAUCCCCUACUUCAUAAUGCUGUUUUUUACGGGUGUUCCACUCUUCCUCAUGGAGCUGAGUUUAGGCCAGUAUGGAGCAGCUGGCCCCAUCACUGUGUGGAAAUGCUGCCCCCUGCUCAAAGGUAUCGGCAUUGGAAUGCUGUGUGUGUCCACGCUGGUGUGUCUCUACUAUAACGUCAUUAUAGCGUGGACGUUUUACUACCUGGGCAGCUCGUUCCAGAGCCCUCUGCCCUGGUCCUGUGAUGCUGUAGCCAAUAUAGGUCUAUGUGGUAACAGCACCACUGGCAAUAGUUCCACUGGUAAAGUCCUCAGCCCCACAGAAAUCUUCUGGAAUGAGCGUGUGCUGGGUGUAGUGCACAGUGAGGGCCUUCAUGACCCCGGCCCUGUGCGGUGGCCCCUGGCCCUGUGCCUCCUGGCUGCCUGGAUCGUCAUCUUCCUGUGCAUGCUCAAGGGUAUCCGCAGCUCUGGCAAGGUGGUUUAUGUAACAGCUACCUUCCCAUACUUUGUGCUCAUUGUAUUAAUAAUCAGAGGUGCUACACUGGAGGGCUCUCUUCAAGGCGUCGCUUUCUACCUCACACCAGACUGGAACCGAUUAGCUAAUGCACAGGUGUGGAAUGAUGCAGCCUCACAGAUCUUCUACUCCUUAGGUAUUGGAGUUGGAGGGCUGCUUUCUAUGGCCUCUUACAAUAAGUUUGACAAUAACGUCAUCAGGGACACUUUGAUUAUCACCACAGGAAACUGCAGCACCAGCUUCUUUGCAGGAUUUGCUAUCUUCUCAAUUCUGGGUCACAUGGCAUGGAAGAAGGGAGUGCCUGUUGGAGAGGUGGCAGAUACAGGUCCUGGGUUAGCCUUCGUCGCAUACCCAGAGGCCCUUGCUCUGCUGCCAGGCUCGGUCUUCUGGUCCAUUAUGUUCUUCCUCAUGCUCUUUAUGCUAGGGAUCGAUACGCUGUUUGGCAACAUGGAGGGCAUCACUACGGCCGUGCUGGAUGAGUUUCCGCAGCUCAGAAUGAACGCGCUGCACAAGUCCUUGUUCUUGGGCGCCCUGUGUUUUGGCUUCUACCUGAUGGGUCUCCUGUUAGUGACCAAUGGUGGGAUUUACUGGUUCACUCUCAUUGACUCCUUCAGCACUAGUUUUGGCCUCAUCAUCAUCACCCUCUUCAUGUGCAUUGGCAUCUCCUUCUUCUAUGGAGUAAACCAGUUUUGUCAAGACAUCAUUGAUAUGAUCUGCCACUGCCCUCCCUGGUGCAGCAAAGUGCUGCUUUACUUCAAAGCAUGCUGGGUUUUCUGCACUCCGUUUCUUCUUCUGUUCAUCCUGACCUACAUCUUUAUUGAGAUGUACAACACACCGCUCCACUACGGGUCGUAUGUGUAUCCACGCUGGGGUAAAGCGCUGGGUGUGUGCAUAGGUGCGACCUGCUGUCUACAGAUCCUCAUCUGGGCCAUUGUAGCCAUGAGCAAGGAAACUGGAAGUCUGAAAGACCGUUUCCAGAAAUCGAUUCGACCUCUUAAUUCCUGGAGGGUAAACAACAUGAACAGCUCCGCGAGAGCACAGGAGCGCAUGGAGCCCGAGAGAGUGGAGGCUCCGUUCACUGUCACGCUCACAGACAUGGACUUCAAUGCAAUGACGUGGGAGGUUGGAAGCCAGGCGUGAUGGCACGGACAGAGCAGUGAUGAACGCACAGUGAUGAGAAAACUACGUUGUCAAGAGACAGGAAUUUCUUAUUAUGUUAUUUGCCCCAGCUUGGUUCUGGUGGCCAGACUGUGUGUCCUGCAGGGCAGUAUGGAUUAAUUGUUUUAUUUAUACUGUUAUCAUAUUUUUUUGAUUGUUUACUUUUUUUAACGUUGUGUAGAAUAUAUAGUUCUGAGAUGGCACAGUACGAUACUACCAGGGCAUUUGGAUGAUGCUGAUCUUGCAGUGUAUCUGCAGAUCUUGAUAUCAUUAGUGUGUAAUGAAUUUUUACUGAGAGCAAUCAACAGCAGCAGAGGGACCAGAUUCAGUUUUUUAACGUACAAACAGGAGGGACAAAAAAAGUACACUGACUGUUGACCGGACCUGGAGAGGUGACUUCAAGUCCUCAGCCUGCCAGACUAAAAGGUGCUGAUGACUCAGUCACACAGAGGAAUGUGUUGAGUCCUUUUCACUUUUUAAAAUGAAUGAUUGCUGAAAUUAUUGCUAUAAAUAAAUACAUUUUUUAAAUCUUGCCAAAUGAACAUUUAAGCACUAACUAUGUGUUUGUAUUAUAGUAAACACUCAAGUGUCUUGUCUGACCAUCUGCAUUUCAAAUUUACUCUUGAUUUGUUGCUCUGAAUAUUGAUAUUGAUCAAAUCAAUAACAUUGAUUGUAACAUUUACUACAGCCUAUAGUAGUAUUGUAGACUGGCUUUUAAGUGGGAAGUUUCUAACUUUCCUUUGUUAUCUUUAGAAGGAAAGUGAUAGGAGUCAGUGGCUGUCUGCACAGAUGUAGGUUUUUAGUUUUUUUUAUGUUUACUGGAACUUAGCUUUUACAGUCCUUCACUAUCAAUUCCCCCCUCUGCUAUUUAUUAUCAGAAAGCCCCUCUAAGGUCAUUGUAUGUCACUGGUAAAAUGUAUUGUCUGGAAAGGCACUCGUCGGGUAAAUGUGUUAUUCUCAUGAGAACUUGAUUAAUAUGAAGAUAUCAAUCUUGCUAACAUUUUUCACAACUAUCAGAGGCCACAAAUGUUUCUCUGAUUUGAGGGCCUGCUUUGAGAAGAAAUCAGAAGUCGCUGCUUAAAUGUUAUUUAUUGGCAAAUUGCCCAUAAUGCUUAACUGAUAAAUGUUAUUUGGCAGUCAGGUCAAUGUAUUUUUUUAGUAGACAUGAUAUUAAACUUGGGACUGAAAGGAAAGAGUAAUGUGAAUACCCUACCUAAAUGACCAGAGAAAUAACAUUUGUUAAUCAUACUAGUUGCACUUCUCUCACAGAGGGCUUUAAAUGGCCAAAAGAUUUAAAUUUGGUUAGCUGAUGAAAAUUCUCUGUUUUUUCGGCUGUUUACUCAAAAAGUUUUCGUGGGCAUACAGAACCUGUUGUCCAAUUGCAAAUAAGUAGAUGAUAACAGACAAAAACUUGCUCUCUUUCAAAUCAUGUUUCAGGCAGGAUUGUGACUUGUAAACCUUCAAUUAAGAACAUUUUAUUAUCCUUUGUUUUAGGAUUGUGUGUCAUGUCAUGAAACUCCUUUAAUUUUAAGUAAUCUUUUUGCCUUUGUACACAUUGUUGCCUUUCUCUUGUAUAGUUUAUUGCUGUGAAUAAUAAUUAAAUAUUGUCAGUCCUCACAUCUUUAUAGAACUAUUCAUUUGUUGUGGCUUAUGUGCUGAUUAGAUGACUAUAUAGCCAAAAUCGUAAUAAACAUGGUAACCUUAACAGUCAGUGAUGUGGUGUCCUGCUGGUGUGUGUGUUUAGUAAGGAGAGACACAUAUCCAGGAUACACACAAGA